AUGGAAAAAGAAGCAGUUGCAUCGAACUACCUUCAAGCAGAAGCACAGAAAGUGUUCUCCAGACUGGUUGAAAGACCAACCAGCUGCUGGCAAUGGAAGAAUAAACUGACCAUUUCCAACCUGCCGAAACUCCAGGCGCCUGCCUCGCCACUUAACGGCUGGUCGUUAUGGUACGCCGGUGGCGGUUUUUGCCAGUCAUCACUGAACGAAAACAAUAGCAUUUACGCAUUUCCUCUUCUAGUGCCUGAAUUUACGAGGACAACGACCAUCUGCGAUGACUCGCCUAACUGCAGUCAUGUGCUAUAUGCCGACGAGCGACGUCGAUACGGUCGUCAAAGCGAACUAUAG